CCAUGAUAGAGUUGUAUUUUCAUAGAUGAAUUACUUCGCCAGUUAUACAUUACUUUACGCAGAUAUAUAAAUAUACGCACAAUUUGCUUAGCGUCUACGUUGUAUUAGGUAUCCAUAUCUUUCUCGGGUCGUAUCAGUGCUGUGCUUUGCCAAACCUGAUUUGGCUCGUACGUGCGCCGGUAGCUGUACUUGUGGCAAACCCGUUCAGGUACGCCACUGACCGAUACAUAGGUACGUGUGCAGUUUUAACCGCUUUGUGCGUUGAUGGAUUCUCCUGGCUGCGUUUGUAUACGAUACAUCUAUCAACGUGGGUGAUUCAUUACGACAGAAAUGCUAUGAACGUCUGGAUCUUCGCUUCGUUAAUCCGAUAUCGCGUUCGAUAGUGCAGUAUUCCAUUUUUUUGCCAAAGAUGCUGGUGUAGAUCUCUUUAGAAUUGUCUGCGGAAUUUGUACGAAACAAUAAUGUUUUGGACAAUGCAGUGGCCGCUCUGCUCAGUUUUGGCUGUAAUCGGUUGGCUUCCGUUCGGAUAUGCUCUCAUACCAAAUUCAGAUGACAAACGAGCGCCAACAGUGGAAUCCUUUUCUGGGUCAUGGAUGGCCGAAUCUCAGUUGCCAAAGCGAUCUCUUUCGAAUGAAGAAUCUCUGUUCCGGAGUUUGUUUCAAGAGUACAACAAAAAUAUUCGCGCCAAUUACAAUACGACGGAAUCGUUAAAAGUCGAGCUUGGAAUGACCAUCAGACGCAUUGAAUAUCUGGACGAAAAGCGGCAGACACUUUUGUUUCAUGCCACAACUCGUAUGCGCUGGAAGGAUCCCCGCUUGACGUGGGAACCGGCAAAAUUUGACCAAGUCCAAAAUGUCGCUUAUUCAUCGUUUGCGCUCUGGAUUCCUGAUAUACAACUAAAUAAUGAAGCUGAUGCAUUUGGAUCGAAAAAUUUCGAGCACGUCUUGGCGCAUAUAUACUACGAUGGACAAGUGAUGCUGUCAUCGCCAUCUGCAUUCAAAAUCUACUGUGGAAUGGAUUUCGGCAAGUGGCCGUAUGACGAACAAAUGUGCGUAAUAGAAUUUGAAUCCUUCACCAAUGACGGCACAAUUGUGGAUCUGCAAACGAUGGGUGGAGAUGAUCGAGCUAUCCAGGUGUCCAAUUUCUCCUCUUGCAAUGAAUGGCGCAUUGUGGCGGUCCGAGCGGACAAACAGAUUAAAUCCUACGAAUGCUGUCAGGGGGCAUUUCACAGUGUGUACUUCAGCAUCACACUGCAACGGAAAGAGAAUUUGUAUGGCACGCUGCUGCUUGGACCUCUGAUAACCAUGUUAAUAGCUUCCUGGAUCCUGUUCCUGCUGCCUUUUGAAAAUUCUGGAAAAUUUAUUUUUGGCGGUCUGCAGCUGGUUUUUGUGGGUGUGUUUGCCAUAUUUCUAAAGCAUAUCUUGCCGCCAUCCAUCAAUCAAGUUCCAUAUAUCGCGACGCUGACCUUGAAUACGAUGGUCCUCAUUCUGACGGCGAUAUUUCUGCAACUACUGCUACAGUGGAUAUCCCGUUUGAAGUCGCGCAUGCCCUCGUCACUGCGCACCUUCCUCCUGGAAGGAAUGGGCCGUGCCUGCUGCUUAGUGCCUCUUAGCGGCUACACUAAACCGCCGACCGUUCACGUGUCCACUAGUGAACAGGAAGUGGACCAUUUUGAACUGGAAGAUGCCAGUGCCUCGAUACUAUCCGAUAAGAACCGACAGGAAUGGUCGAUUUUAGCCAAAUUACUGAACCGUGUGACGUUCGUCAUGUACGCUGUUAUAUCGCUGGUUAUGCUGUAUUGACAUCUGUUUAUAUACCAAAAGACGCAACAAAGUAGUUAUGUAUUUAACUGAAGGUUUUUAAGAGAGUAUUAUAUGUCAUAGAGGAAAGAAGAAGCAUUGUUGAACGACCUAGUCAUUUUCUACUUCGGCCUUUGUAUUAAUUUUGUCAACAGUUUUAAUUUUUUUGACAAUCUUUGACAGUUUCAAUGGGGUGAUUGUUAAUCAGCUUGUUAAAAAACCCAGCAAUUCGG